UACAAUGAUAUAACACAACCACAACUUAACCUACCCACCAUUUCAUCAUAUCCAGAAAUAUUUAAAGUUAUCUAAAAAUGGCCACCAGUUUGAACAUGUUGUCAGAAGAUUGUAUCUCCACAAUUGUGUCUCUAACAUCUCCACCAGAUGCAUGUAGGUUAAUGCUUGCAUCUUCAUCGCUGCGAUCAGCGGCUGAAUCCGACAUCGUUUGGGCCGGAUUCUUGCCCUCUGAUCUCCCUCAGUUGCUCUCAAGAGCACACACUCAACUCAGCCUUUCUUCAAAGAAAGAUUUGUUUUUCCAGCUGUGUGAUUCUAUUCUCAUAGAUGGUGGAGUUAGUAGGUUUUUAUUAAACAAAGUUAGUGGGAAAAAGAGCUAUGUUCUAUCUUCUAGAGCACUUUCUAUUUCUUUAAGCAAUGAACCAAAUCAUUGGACCUGGACUGCCCAUCCUACAUCAAGAUUUCCUGAGGUGAUUGAGCUAAAAACAAUAUCCAACUUGGAAGUUGAAGGAAGAAUAAGCACUCAAGAUUUAUCUCCUAACACAACAUAUGGUGCUUAUCUCAUAAUCAAAGUUUCUGAUCGCGCAUUUGGGCUGGACUCUAUUCCAUCCGAAAUAUCAAUCUCGAAAGAAGAAAGCUUGGUUACCAACACAGCAUUUUUAUGCCCUCUGGAUGACCAAAAACAACAGCUUGGAUCAUUGUUUUUCAUGAACCGGAGACAAAUGAUGGAGAAAAGGGUGGUCCAAGGAGAAGGCCGACGUCCUAACAAGCGAGGCGAUGGAUGGAUGGAAGUUGAACUUGGAGAGUUCUUUGUUGGAGAGAAAAGUGAAAUGGUGAAGAUGAAUUUAAUGGAGGUUAAGGGUCAUCAACUAAAAGGAGGACUUAUCAUUGAAGGAAUUGAAAUCAGGCCAAAAUAUUAACAAAUUUAAACCUAACCAAAUACCAUUUAAAUUCUUUUAUAAAAGCUUAUAAAAAGUUAAGGAAAGAGUACUUAGAAGUCAAAAGUUAUGAUUUUUUAAUUCUUUUUUGUAUGUAAUUCUUUGCAUGAAAGGGAAAGCAUUCUAUAUAUUUAUAAGUGUUUCUUGACUACUACUAUUUUCCUGUUGACAGGUGAUAUAAAUGUUAAUAUAUACCA